CUCAGCUCGCGCGCGCCAUGGUUGUGGAGGCCAACUCAGGGAGCACGCUGGCGGCCGUCGGCGUGGCCGGCACCGGCAGCAGCAUGGCCGUGCACGGCCACCAGCUUUCGACCGUGGUGCCGAGCUCGGUGACCGGGGAGGAGGUGAACUACGAGCUCGCGGACGCCGACUUGCUCCACAAGCUGCAUUACGUACGCGCGGUGCACGUGUUCCGCGCGCCGACCGGCGUCGCAGCGCCUCCGCUCACCAUCCGGGAGCUGAAAGAGCCCAUGUUCCCGUGGCUGGACAUGUACUUCCCCGUCAGCGGCCGGCUCCGGCGGCGUCAAGCGGCCGAGGGCGAAGAGGCCGCCGCGGCGGCGGUGGGGCGGCCCUACGUGCGGUGCAACGACUGCGGCGUGCGCAUCGUGGAGGUCACCUGCGGCGCCACCGUGGAGCAGUGGCUGGAGGCGGAGGCGGAGCGCGGCGGGCUGUGCAAGGCGCUGGCCUACGACAAGGUGAUCGGGCCGGAGCUCUUCUUCUCGCCGCUGCUCUACGUGCAGGUCACCAGCUUCAAGUGUGGGGGGAUGGCCCUCGGCUUCACGUGGGCGCACCUCAUCGGCGACAUCCCCUCCGCCGUUGCCAGCUUCAGAAAGUGGGCGCAGGUCCUCGGCGGCAACAAGGCCCCGGCGCCAACCCUGCGAGACCCACUCGCCGUGCCGCCGUCGGCCCCACCUACCAGCGUGACGGUCCCGCCGUCGGUCAAGGCCACCGCGGCCCCCGUCGGCGAUCACUGGGUGGUCCCGACCACCCAUGACAUGGUGUCCUUCUCCUUCCACGUCACCGAGCAGCAGCUGCAGGGACUCCAGCUCAGCGCGACCAAGGGUCAUCAUCGGCGCGAGGUUGUGGGCCCGUUUGAACUGGUCUCCGCGCUGAUGUGGCGGGCGCUGGCCGCGAUCCGAGGCCCCGAGGAGGAGGAGGCGACGCGCAUGGUGACCGUCGUGAAGACUGGACCGGCGCCGACGUCGGGGGGCGGCCCCCGACCGGCGCUGACCAACGAGCACCGCAUCGGCCACGUCGUCUUCGCGACCGGCGGCUCCUCGCCAGCGACGGCCGACGUGGCCAAGCUGGCAGCGCUGCUGGCCGGCGCACACCUGGAGGAGGCCAGCGCGGUCGCGGCCGCCGCGUUCGCGGGAGCGGACGACGCCGACGUGGUCGUGUACGGCGCCAACCUGACGUUCGUGGAAGCCGAGGGCCUGGAGGUGUACGAGCUGGAGCUCGCGGGGCGGCGCCCGGCGCACGUGGAGUACGCCGUGGAUGGCGUCGGCGACGGCGGCGCGGCCGUCGUGCACCGCGACGCCGGCGGGCGGGGCCGGACCGUCGCGGCCGUCCUGCGCCGGGGCGAGGCGGGCCGCCUCCGUGCCGCGAUCCGUGACGCGCUGCGGGUUGCUUGAUGAUCUUGCGGGCAGUAGUCUUGUGGUUUUCAGUACUUGUCAGGUUGAAUAAAUUAGAGGAUGUUGUAGGAUGUACUCUUGUGGCGCAUAUGCUCGCCUGUAUGUGG